AUGCAGAGCGCCCCCUACCUGUCUGACGUGAACUGGGACGCGGUCUACGACAAGACCAUGGACCCGGGAUUCGUCCCCAACAAGGGCCGGCUGCACUGCGACCCGACCUUCGAGUUGGAGGAGAUGAUCCUGGAGUCUCGUCCUCUGCACAAGAAGAAGAAGAGACUCGCCAAGAACCGCUCCAGAGACAACAGCAAAGAUUCUCAGUCUGUGAGUACAGCUGUCAGACUGUACAAUGAGUCUGUCUGA